CUUUUCCUAGAGAGACGCGCAGAGAGAGAGAGAGAGAGAGAGAGAGGAGGCGAGGGACUCGAAUCGAUGGCUCGACGUGCGGUGACCAAGCUCAUCGGCUCGAUCGCAUCGGAGAAGCCGUCCUCUCUCCUCGCCGCCCUCGCGUCGUCCCGGGCGCGGGGCUACGCCGCCGCGGCCGCGCCGCACCAGCCGGCGGUGUUCGUGGACAAGAGCACCCGCGUCAUCUGCCAAGGCAUCACCGGCAAGAACGGCACCUUCCACACCGAGCAGGCCAUCGAGUAUGGCACCAAGAUGGUGGGUGGUGUGACUCCCGAGAAGGGCGGAACAGAGCAUUUGGGCCUUCCGGUUUUCAAUACGGUUGCUGAAGCGAAGGCUGAAACUAAGGCUAAUGCUUCGGUCGUAUAUGUUCCGCCUCCAUUUGCUGCUGCUGCCAUUAUGGAGGCCAUGGAAGCUGAGCUCAAUCUUGUUGUUUGCAUCACGGAAGGGAUUCCUCAGCAUGAUAUGGUUCGAGUCAAGGCUGCUCUGAACAGGCAAUCCAAGACACGACUGAUUGGACCUAACUGCCCUGGUAUUAUUAAACCUGGAGAAUGUAAAAUAGGCAUUAUGCCUGGGUACAUACACAAACCAGGACGUGUGGGUAUUGUGUCCCGCUCUGGGACCUUGACUUAUGAAGCAGUUUUUCAAACGACUGCAGUUGGUCUUGGACAAUCCACAUGUGUGGGAAUAGGUGGUGACCCUUUCAAUGGGACCAACUUUGUUGACUGCCUCGAGAGAUUCGUUGUGGAUCCUCAAACAGAAGGGAUUAUUCUAAUAGGUGAAAUAGGUGGAACUGCUGAAGAAGAUGCUGCUGCAUUUAUUAAGGAAAGCAAGACAGAGAAACCCGUCGUUGCUUUUAUUGCUGGUCUAACUGCUCCCCCUGGUCGUCGUAUGGGUCAUGCUGGAGCUAUUGUGUCAGGUGGCAAAGGCACAGCUCAGGGCAAAACCGAGGCACUUCGAGAAGCCGGUGUUACAGUAGUACAGUCCCCAGCAAAGAUUGGUGCUGCUAUGCUUGAUGUGUUCAAGCAAAGAGGGCUUUGUCAGUAGUUAGAAUUGAGUAACAUGAACCAAGUUAACAUCAAUAUGAAUUUUUUUUUUUUGUCUUGGGAAUUUUUGAAAAUUUUGUUCCUUUUUCGUGUCCGAUCUUAAUACAAAGUUGUUUAGAAAGCUUGGGUUCUAUA